UGUCCUUAUAACUGCUACUAUAAAAGUGGAAAAUAAGAUUUUUCCAAUCAUUCUGGUGUCUUUGUCCAAAGAAUAUUUACAAAAUGUCUCGUUUUGCAGUCCUCGUGUUCUGUGCUCAAGCUCUCCUGAUUCAGGCAGUUCUGAGCCAAACAUGCGGUUGUAACCAGUACUCGUCCGGACUGAGCUCACAGAGCUGCGGCUCGUACGGCGGCACCGGCGCCGGACAGGUGGGCGUGUCCGGCGACAUCGCCGCGUCCGGCAACACCUGCGUGACCGGCUCCGUGCCCGUGCUCGGCUCCGUUGACUUCGGUGGAUGCGUGCCCGCCUGCGGCUCCGUGUCCAUCUCCGGACAGUGCGGAUGCGGAUGCAGUAUGGACACGGAGCCGGACGCGGGCACGGUGCCGCCGAACGUGACGGAGCCGAGCACGGGCACAGAGCCGACGACAGCGGUCUGGCCGCUCGCGCCGAUGUCGCCGGACACGCCGACCCGACCGGUGCCGGUGCCGCCGUACGACGCGGAGGAGCCACUAACGAAUACACCUAAAAUGGUUUCCAAGUCCGUCAUCAUCUGCACCCUCGCCUUCAUUGGACAGGCUAUCAGCGGGCCGACCUGCUACAAAUCUACCUCCCCCAAGCUAGCAGGCUUCUCUAGCUACUCCUCCGGCAACUGCCAGUCCAUCGUCAUCUCCAACAGCGGCGGCGAGCUGCUCGUCACCGCCGUCGGCCCCAUCUCGCCGUCCGGCAUCGCCGUCGCCACCGAGCUGGGCCUGGCGGGAGACCUGGUGCUCUCCGGCGAGCUGCCGUACCUGAGCGCGGUGGCGUUCGAGGGCCAGUUCGACACCAGCGGCUCGGCGGCGGUCUCGUACGGUUGCGGGGACUGCGUCGCCAUCACGCAGGAGCUCGGCAACCCGAGCGGCGUCAACGCCAACAUCAAUUCUGGCUCCAAAAUCGUGAGCUGCGGUUGUGCCAAGUACUAAUAACUUUUUUUUACAUUUUAUACAAAUAAAU